CACAUCGCCUCAGCCCGGCUCCCCGAGGCCGGGGCCGCGGUUGGCUGAGGAGGAGACGGGGGCGUCUCUCCUCCUCCUCCUCCUCCUCCUCCGAGGAGACAAAAGGCGACAGAGACAAGCCAGGAGAGAUGCAGAACAUGAUCUCUGAAAUGGAUUUAAAGCAGUGUCAUUAAGUCAAAUGCAAGAAAUAAGUGUUUAUUGAAGUCAAAGUGCCAUGAAAAAAUUUGCAUAUUGCAAGGUGGUUCUUGCCACCUCACUGGUUUGGGUCUUUUUGGAUAUGUUUUUGUUACUUUACUUCAGUGAAUGCAACAAAUGUGAUGAGAAAAAAGAGCGAGGCCUUCCACCUGGGGAUGUUCCAGAACUGGUACAGAAACCUCAUGAAGGCCCAGGAGAAAUGGGAAAACCUGUUGUUAUUUCUAAAGAGGAUCAAGAAAAAAUGAAGGAAAUGUUUAAAAUAAACCAGUUUAAUUUAAUGGCAAGUGAAAUGAUUGCACUCAAUAGGACUUUACCUGAUGUCAGAUUGGAAGGGUGUAAGACAAAGGUAUAUCCAGAUAACCUUCCUACAACAAGUGUUGUCAUUGUCUUUCACAAUGAAGCGUGGAGUACUCUCUUGCGAACUGUUCACAGUGUCAUAAACCGGUCUCCGCGACACAUGCUGGAAGAAAUUAUUCUUGUAGAUGAUGCUAGCGAAAGAGACUUCUUGAAGAGACCUUUGGAGAACUAUGUGAAAAAGUUAAGAGUACCAGUUUAUGUGAUUCGAAUGGAGCAGCGUUCCGGUCUGAUUAGAGCCAGAUUGAAAGGCGCUGCCGCUUCUAAAGGCCAAGUCAUCACCUUUUUAGAUGCUCAUUGUGAAUGCACAGUAGGAUGGCUUGAACCUCUGUUAGCGCGGAUAAAAGCCGACAGGAGAACAGUAGUUUGUCCUAUCAUUGAUGUAAUCAGUGAUGAUACAUUUGAAUAUAUGGCAGGAUCUGAUAUGACUUAUGGUGGAUUCAAUUGGAAGUUGAAUUUCCGAUGGUAUCCUGUUCCUCAGAGAGAAAUGGACCGAAGGAAAGGUGACAGAACUCUUCCAGUCAGGACACCUACAAUGGCAGGAGGCCUUUUUUCCAUAGACAGGGACUAUUUUCAAGAAAUUGGGACAUAUGAUGCUGGAAUGGAUAUAUGGGGUGGAGAAAACCUAGAGAUUUCAUUCAGGAUUUGGCAAUGUGGAGGGACUUUGGAAAUCGUGACCUGUUCACAUGUUGGACAUGUUUUUCGAAAAGCCACUCCUUAUACUUUCCCAGGAGGCACUGGACAGAUUAUUAAUAAAAAUAAUAGACGACUUGCAGAAGUUUGGAUGGAUGAGUUCAAGAAUUUCUUCUACAUAAUUUCCCCAGGGGUUACAAAGGUAGAUUAUGGAGACAUAUCCUCAAGACUUGGACUAAGACACAAGCUACAGUGCAAUCCUUUUUCCUGGUACCUAGAGAAUGUUUAUCCUGAUUCUCAAAUACCACGUCACUAUUUCUCUUUGGGAGAGAUAAGAAAUGUGGAAACUAAUCAAUGUCUUGAUAACAUGGCAAGAAAAGAAAAUGAAAAAGUUGGAAUUUUUAACUGUCAUGGAAUGGGUGGCAAUCAGGUUUUCUCAUACACAGCCAACAAAGAAAUUCGAACAGAUGAUUUGUGCUUGGAUGUCUCCAAACUUAAUGGCCCUGUCACAAUGCUCAAGUGUCACCACUUAAAAGGCAAUCAGCUUUGGGAAUAUGAUCCAGUGAAAUUAACCCUGUUGCAUGUGAACAGUAACCAGUGCCUGGAUAAAGCCUCUGAAGAAGACAGCCAGGUACCCAGCAUCAAAGACUGCAGCGGCACCCGCUCUCAACAGUGGCUUCUUCGUAAUGUCACCCUUCCGGAAAUAUUCUGAAAGGUAUCUAAGAGGAGGAUUCACUGGACUACCUCAGCAAGUACAUUUGCUACAUUCUUAUGUGUAGCAAGCAAAGGCUGCAAGGUUUCUUGGCCAUUGGAGCAGACUCUUCUAAAUCUUCGAGAGCUGUGAGCCAGCCAUCCUGGUGGAGCUAACUACAUGAGUACUUGUGAACUUGUAUGCACUGAUGUUUACAAGAGAUUUCUUCAAAAAUCAUUUUAUAGAAAACUUGGACAGUGGAAAACUAAUCAAGGAAAUACGCUCUCUGGAGAGUGGCACAACCUAGUUUGCUUGUACAUCAGCAACCUUAGUCAACGGUGCUGUCAUAAAGAUUCCUAAGAUUUUUUUUUUUUUUUGGCAAGGUUUAACAUUAACCAAGGUAUCAAACAUAGGCAUAAAUGGAGCAGAUUCAAUGUCACAACAGAAAAAUCAUUGAAGAAAGAAAUGUGUAAAACAGGGUUUAGAGGCAAGAAAUCAGAACUAUAAAAAGUACAAUUUGUAAUACUAAAUAUCAAAUUUAUAUGUAGAAUUUUUUUUACCUCAAUGGCAAAAAUAACCAAGUGAGACAAAAACUUUCUCUUCCAUUCUGUGGUAGUCCAUUAAUAUAUUUUUCCUCCCUCAAUGGGUCUGAACGUAUUUUGGGCAGAAACAAAACUGAGCAUAAAUUCAAUUGGCUCUUUGAAUGUCAGUUCAACUUUUAAAAAUACUUUUCAUUUUGACUUGUGGACUGUUGGAAAUGUUACACCCUUUUUUUAAAAAUUAUCUUGAAACUGGAGGCUUAAGCAUCAACAUCCUUUGUGACUUGCUAUUUCAGCUGAACUUGGGUCAGCCAAUUUUUGACCUUCCAUCACCUGUCUUAAGAAUUUGUUAGUGCUUUCUAAAUUUGUUAAUGACUGAUUAUGCUUAAUGGCCAAGUCUCUUACUACUGUACUACAGAUUUUGUUUUCACAGCAAUAAAUCUUUCAUUCUUCGACUCCAGUCAUCGGAGCCUGCAGAUAUGGCUUAUUCAGGUAAUAGGCUGUUGGCAUCAGAAGCAUUUUUCCAUACCAUAUUUGGAUAUCACACAUAUUUAGAUUUUCGAAUUGUAAUGUUGAUCUGCUUUUUUUCUAAUAAAAUCUAAGGAAAUCGUUAAA